UGGAUUAUGUCACGCAAAGGCUUUCUUCAUAUUUCUAAAUUUCUUUGAACAUAUUGUUUUGUUCUUUAUUAUGAGUUCGUGUUAACUGAAAAAAACACGUUUACUAUAUGACUGUUUUGUUUUGAUUUAUUGCAUAGUAGGUUUGUUGCAUCGAAUAUUAAAUAUUGGAGCCACAUUAUGAAAUUCAACGGAUAUAUGAGGCUGCGUAUCGGGGAGGCGGUGGAUUUAAAACCAACAACUUUUUCAACUCGUCACACCUUUCAUAAGAAAAUCGUCCUGGAUCCUUAUAUCGUUGUUAAAGUUGAUAAUGUGAAAGUUGCACAGACCGCCACAAAAUCGAAGACCAACAAACCGACCUUCAGUGAUGAAUUCUGCCCGUACAUCUCAAAUGGCAAGGAGCUGGAACUGGCUGUUUUCCAUAACACUCCUAUAGGAUACGACGAUUUUGUCGCCAAUUACAGAAUCCAGCUUGAUGAAUUGAUAACGUCGUCAAACACAAGACAAACGUUUGAAGGAUGGGUGAAUCUGGAACCAGAGGGAAGUGUCUAUAUCACCAUCUCUCUCACCGGCUCCUUUACAGAUGAUGAAGCUGUGAAUGGACUGAGACCCCAUAAAAUGUUUACAAGAGAAAGGCAAAAAGCUUUGAAGAAAAGAAAGGUCCACCAAGUCUGUGGACAUAAGUUUAUGGCAACCUUCCUUCCCCAGCCUACUUUUUGCUGCCAUUGCAAAAACUUCAUCUGGGGUGUUUUUGGAAAGCAAGGUUAUCAGUGUCAAGUGUGUGCAUGUGUGGUUCAUAAGAGGUGUCAUGAUUUGGUUGUCACUGAGUGUACACGUAUGAAGAAAGAUUCAAAUGAGGGCCAAAGACAGGGCUUUGGCAUCAACCUACCCCACCAGUUUAGAGAGCACAACUACAAAGUUCCCACAUACUGUAACCACUGUGGAUCUUUACUUUAUGGCCUGAUAAAACAGGGUCUCCAAUGCAAGAGUUGCAAGAUGAACAUUCACAAACGCUGCGAAGAGAAUGUUGCACUUAACUGUGGGGUGAACAGUGCUGAGUUGGCCAGCAAAUUGUCAGAGAUUGGAAUGCUCAACACGCUUUCCAAACGAAAGUCUCAGAGUUCUCUGCACAUGACAGGAAUAAGAGGUCAGAACUCCAUUAAAAGCGUACAGACAACGUUUGAGGAGCCAGUGGAAGAGACUGUUAAAAUUGUUCUGGAAGACUUCAGUUUUUUGCAGGUGUUGGGAAAAGGCAGCUUUGGCAAGGUGAUGUUGGCUCGUCUAAAACGUGACCACAGGGUGUUUGCUGUAAAAAUGCUGAAAAAGGAUGUCAUACUGCAAGAAGAUGAUGUGGAAGCAACCAUGAUUGAGAAGAGAGUGCUGACUCUGGCCCACCAGCAUCCAUUUCUUACACAGCUCUACUACUGCUUUCAGACUGCGGAGCGGUUAUUCUUUGUCAUGGAGUUUGUGAAUGGUGGGGACCUCAUGUUCCACAUCCAGAAGUGCAGGCGUUUUGAUGAGCCACGAGCACGGUUUUAUGCCGCAGAGAUCAUUUCGGCCCUCAUGUUCCUUCACUCCAAAGGCAUCAUUUACAGGGACCUUAAACUGGACAAUAUUCUCCUGGACAGAGAUGGCCACUGCAAACUGGCAGAUUUUGGCAUGUGCAAAGAGGAUAUACGUGAUGGAAAACUAACUAGUACCUUCUGUGGGACUCCAGAUUACAUUGCACCUGAGAUCAUCCUGGAGGAGCUGUAUGGUGUAUCAGUGGACUGGUGGGCUCUGGGGGUGCUGCUUUAUGAGAUGCUGUCGGGUCAUGCUCCAUUUGAAGCAGAGACUGAGGACGAGCUGUUUGAGUGCAUCCUCAAAGAUGAAGUCAUUUAUUCAUCCUGGCUCAGCAAUGAGGCAGAGGACAUCCUUAGAGGAUUACUCACCAGAGACCCAGCUUGUCGGUUGGGCUGCAUGGAUAGAGAUGGAGGAGAAGAGGCCAUCACUGCACACCCGUUCUUCACAGGACUGGACUGGGAGAAGCUGAACAGACGAGAGAUCACACCACCUUUCACACCUCGAAUAGAUUCUAUUGAGGAUGUGAACAAUUUUGACCCUGACUUCACUCAAGAGGAGCCCUGUCUUACACCCAUUGAAGACAGUCUUUUCCCUUUCCACCAGGACGAUUUUAAAGACUUCACCUACACAGCUCCAGAGCUGCGACUGCACUAACAUCAGCUGUGGUUUAUUUAUUUUUCAUACAUAGAUUAUAUGUUACUUUCCCUAAAUAACUCCUUCUAGCAAAUUUCUUGUGAUACAUUCUGUCGCCAAGUCUGUCAAGAAUAUGGACAUGUUUCAGACUUGAAGAAUAAGGCAAUACUCAACAGGACCAUACAGACCAAAGGAUUAUUCAUAAACUGAUGCUUUUUGAAAUGUUUUUAUCUGCAUAAAUGUACAAAGUCUAUCUUGCAGUGUAUUACUAGCAUGAUAAUAUGCAUAUUCAUGCAGUUGCCAAGUGCUUUGCCUUUCACCUUUAUAGUAAGCAUGGGAACAAAUUCACAGCAAGUAACUUACGUUGAGCAGUUACAGUAUACUGUAUGUAUGUUGUUAAGUUAUGUGACGUGUUGUUAAGUAAUUCUAACUAAAGUCUAAAUUAUGAACUUGGAAAAUCCUUUUGUAACAGGCAAUAAGAGACAAAUUUAGUUUACCUAAAGCACAUGUGACAACACACAUCACCUGUCCAGUUCAUUGAAUAAUGAAUCAGGGGACCUGUGUUGUGAGAUAGAACAUGAAACAUUCAUGAGAGAAAAAAAAAAACAUCCUUUAC